AUGGAUUCCGAAGAUUCCUCUGUCCAAAGACGCCCUUCGCGCAAGUCCGUUGCCUUUACCGACGAGAAGCUAGUUGUCGACGCCGACGGUUCUGUCACCAUGGUCGCCUCUCCCACCGACGAAAUCAAGGAGACUGCCCAGUCCCACUCUGCUCCCACCACCACCACCGACGCCCAGGACGCUGCCGCCGCCCCUGCCGCCGAUGACGGCCUCGACCUCUCGCUCAUGAAGAAGAAGAAGAAGAAGGUCAAGAAGGACGAGGAUGCUGCCGACGCCGCCGACGAGGCCGCCCCUGCCGAGGGUGACGGUGCUAUCGACCUCACCAUGAAGAAGAAGAAGAAGAAGAAGGUCGCCAAGGAGGAUGACGAGUUCGCCAAGAAGCUUGAGGCUCUCAACCUCGAGGGCAAGGAGGGCGAGGAGGCCGCCCCUGAGGAGGACGAGCAGGACGGCGAUAUGGACCAGGGCACCGGCAUUUGGGCCCACGACGAGACCAAGACCAUCACCUACAACCCUCUUCUGUCCCGUUUCUUCGCCCUCCUCUCGCAGAAGAACCCCGACCACGCCUCUACCGGUACGCGGUCAUAUAAGAUCCCGCCUCCCCAGUGUCUCCGUGAAGGCAACAAGAAGACCAUCUUCGCCAACCUUCCCGAGAUUUGCAAGCGCAUGAAGAGAGCCGACGAGCACGUUACUUCCUACCUUUUCGCCGAAUUGGGUACCAGCGGUUCCGUCGACGGCAGCAGGCGUCUGGUUAUCAAGGGUCGUUUCCAGCAGAAGCAGAUCGAGAACGUUCUGCGUACCUACAUUAUCGAGUACGUCACCUGCAAGACGUGCCGUUCCCCCAACACCGAGCUCUCCAAGGGCGAGAACCGUCUUUAUUUCAUUACCUGCAACUCUUGCGGUUCCAGACGGUCCGUCCAGGCCAUCAAGACCGGUUUCUCUGCCCAGGUCGGCAAGAGAAGAAAGAUGCAGGGUUAA